UACGCACACAGCCACCUCACUCACUAGAAGUCUGUGGACGUAACUCCUCAUGCACAGGACAGUGUCUUUCCCCCACCCGCCAUCUAUUGUGCACCUCCCUUAGUGUAGUGCACAGUGUGUAAAGAAAUGGAAGAAGAAAAAUGCUUAGUGAUCGGUGCCUAAUAACUCAUAGUUGUUCAAGUACUUAAAAGGAAGAUCUAUAGUGAACUGUGCUUAAUGACUCAUAGUAGCUGAACCACCCUAAACAGCAACAACAACAAUGAACAUGAUCAACUAUACCGUGGUAUAAACAAGUGAGCUAAGGUGGUGGUGUGGCCAGGUGGCAGCAUGAAGGGGCACUCGAGACAACACGUGUGUGCCUGGGUGUUGGGGGCUAGCCUGGUCCUCAUCAUUAUCAACCACUUCAUAUACAAUGACUUACUCAACGAUACCCGCAUUAAAAGUCUACCGGCGGCAACUCAGGGCCACCAGGAUAGCGGUCAACAAGGUCAGGCUAGAGUAGGUCAUCAGCAGUACCGUGAUAGAAGAUUGGUCAAAGAAUUGGAGGACAUCCAGAGGCAGAUAUCUCGACUAGCUGGACAGAAGGCGGUGGUGGACGCUAAGUGGGCGGUGGGGUUGAAGGCGGUGAUAGCAGACUUGUCCCCCAAGAUGGCCGUGACCAACCUCUCAACCUGGGACUUCUCCGCUAGACUCAAGGACAUGGAACCGGCGCCACCCUCGCCAGGAAGGACCAGACACGUGUGUCCUGAGGUGUAUCUGGGUCCUAAGGUUGACAACUUCCGGUUCCACGGGAUGGAGGCAGAGAAGUGUAGUUACGUGCCGCCGUUCCGGGAGGUGCUCACCGUGGUGCUUCCCGCCUUCUCUUGGUCGCCUAACACCACCACCUUCGUUAUCUCACAGAUUAGGAAGUUUUACGACAUCCCCAUUGUUGUUAUAAGUGAAGCACCUAACAUUACACACAACAUGACGGAUGUUACGACUGUCAGUUAUAAUAGUAACGGCUUCUAUGAUGGGUCCGUACUCAACAAGGCCAUAAAGCAGAUAACUACACCGUAUGUGUUAGUUGGGAUGUCGCUGGCGCACUUUGACAACCAGUCAUCCCUGGAGCGUCUGGUACGUGUUCUGGACGAUUUGGAACAUGUAGAGGUGGCGGCGGGCGCUGCCAGGGACCUUCAGAGUCACUGGAUUCACGGCUGUUUGCAGCAGCGCCUGGCCGACUACCAGGCCCUGUACACCACGGGCUACUACUACUCCAAGUACGAGUGUAUGUACUGUGAUGACCUGCUGACGCCUUUCAUCACCUCUACCAAGUUCAUCAACAGUCUGCCCUUCGCGGACACACUCAGCGGGCCAGCUAUGUAUCGUGAAUGGUUUAAUAAAGUGCGAGCGGCGGGCCACAUGGCCAUGGUGUGUCCUGACGUCAUGUUUUACCUCACUAGUCACGUCAACAUGAUCAAAGAAGACUGGCAGAAGGUCGCACGUCUCUGGAACAUAGAGAAAGUCACGUCUUACACAGGACACGUCCACAGUUUCUCCUGUAAAUCCGUUGAUAUAUCCUGUAAGGAUCCUCUUAAGAGAAUUAAGUCCUUCCUCCUUCCCCCGUGCUGUAGAGCCAUCAUGGAACAAGAGCUCGACUACCUGCUGGACUACGGCGACGAACACAAUCUACAUUAUGAGCUACAUGCCGGGUCUAACCUGGGGGCCGUCAAGAUGGGCGGCUACUUACCCUGGGACUACGAUAGUGACAUACUAUUUGAGCAACAAAAAUACGAUCAAUGGCUUAAGAUGAGAAAGUACAUCAAGAAACGCAAAUGUACCUUGAACGUGGUAAAGGAGAAAGUAUACUUCGUUAUUAAGUGUCCAUAUUUCUUCCUCGAGUUUUACUCCCACGGGAAUGUCACUAGACAGUGGCUGCCGGCCGAGUACAGAAACACCCCAACGAAAAUACUAUACGCUGGUCGCUGGAGAAAUGUGGUGGCCAACCCAGGUCUCAUCGCCAGGAACUACAUAGGAUUCGAGUACCUGAAACACGCCUCUCACUGGAGGACUCAUAGUACGACAGAUAUAGGUAAGGCUAAGGGUGGCUACGAGAACCCUGGAGUGUGGCAGAGAUGUGAGAAACCCGGCCACCACUCCUGCUAUGACAGAUACCCGGGUGAUGGUAACUUACCAUUCCUAAAGCCCUUCCUCCACCCCUAGUACGUGUGUCUUAACUCAUCAUCAGUCAUCAUACGAGAGGGGUUAAGCCAUAACAUUCAUUCUCUAGAAAUUCUAAUUCGGAUCACCUGAAGAAUCGUCGCCCCAGAGUCCGGUGAGAUAUCCUGGGGCGACGAUUCUUCAGGUGGCAACACCUGGGGUGACAAUU